UGUUCUUUCACGGUAAAACCUCUCAAUACCCCAGCACAUGAAGACAGGGUGAGAGGAAUGCUGUAUGAAUGUAUAAUUGAUGGUUAGCCUCCUCAGUAUUCUGCAGUGCGAUGCUGCUUCAGACUCUGCACACUGACUGUUAUCAUGGAGGAGCUGCAGCAGUGAGCAGGACAGCACGCAGCAUCUCCAUCUUCCCUUCGCCUUUAUUAUCCUCCUCUCACAUCGGUUAAUAUUAGCGCUGCACACCGGGAGCCGGGAGGAAAAGCCGCAGAUUAUUUGCGCGUUAAUCCUCCACAGACAGAAAGACCUGCACCGACACAUCCUCCGGGCUCUGUCUGCAGGGGAUCCGCUGCAGAACCAGCAGUGAAAACAGCAAGAUGAAGCAUUUUCUGAGAGUGGUGACGCAGUUCUUCGUCUUCCUGUACUGCAAGUGUUUGUGGCGAGGACUGAAGUUCGUCACCAGGAAGUUAACGGGUCGCUGCGAGCUGCAGAGGAUCUGCUACAACAACAAGCAUGGAGCCCGCAGGACCCUGAAGAUAGAAUCAUCUCUGCGGUUCUCCAAGAAUGCGCUGCUGCAGUCUGCGCUCAGCGUUCAUCCUGAUAAAGUGGAGAAGACCAUCGAGGACAUCAUAGCGCUGAAGAAGAUCAACCCUGACACCAACCCACAGCUGGGCAUCUCUCUGCAGGCCAGCCUGCUGCAGAUCGUGGGCUACAGGACUCUGGUGGCCGAGGUGGAGAAGCUGCGCAGGGAGCCAUACGACUGCGAAAACCCCGAGCAUGAGGACAUGCUCAUGAAGCUGUGGAAGGAGCUGCGUCCCGACACUCCUCUCACCGGACGGAUCUCUAAGCAGUGGUGUGAAAUCGGGUUUCAAGGCAGCGACCCGAAGACCGACUUCAGAGGGAUGGGUCUGCUGGGCCUGCACAACCUGCUGUAUUUUGCAGAACAUGACAAAGCCACGGCUCUGCAGAUGCUCCACGACUCCCUGCAGCCAAAGCACAAGAUCACACACAGAAAGCAAAGUGAGACAAACAAGCCUGAGUGGGAACAGAAGAACAUCGACAAAGCUAUCGGAUACUCCUUCGCCAUCGUUGGCAUCAACAUCACUGACCUGGCGUUCUCUCUGCUGGUCAGCGGCGCUCUGAAGACUCACCUGUACAACGUGGCUCCAGAAACACCCAGUCUGAUGCACCUGCAGCAGACCUUCUGUUACCUGAUGCAGGAGUUCCAGCGGUUCUGGGUGGAGGAGGAUCCGUGCGACAUCAUGGAGUUCAACCGGGUCCGGUCCAAGUUCCACCGCCGGAUCCUCCGGCAGCUGAAGAACCCCGACAUGGCCCUCUGUCCUCACUUCGCCGCCUCCGACCUGCACCUGGUCAACCUCUAAACCCCCCCCCCCCCCCUCCCACUGGAUGUCCGGUAGGCCAUCUUUCAAACAGCUGGACACAUCUGGGGAGACUCUUCCUUCUCUGCUCAGCUAACGUCAUGUCGUGUCACUGCCAAAAGCUCUCACACAUGCACGCACGCACGCACACGCACACACACACACACACACACACACACACACACACACACACACACGCGCACACACACACACACACACACACACACACACACACACACACACUCACACACACACACUGCCUCUCCGCCACCAGCAUCAGAGAUGACCGUAGCGAUUGUAGCUGUGCAUGAGGAGGCUGCACCACACUCAUCCUUUGCUUUACAUUUGAAUAGAUAAGUUGAUUGUAUACGAGCCGUCACGCCGCACUGAUGUGCUUUUUAUUCUCAUAACAAACCAAAUUUACUUUCCCUGCCAAAAAAACACAAAAAGAUAAGUAGGUUUUAGCGACGUAGCGUUCUUAUAGGUUCUUAAUAUCUUGGCGAUCAGCGGUCGGCUUUCAGAAAACUGUGUCAGAAGUAAUAUUUUGUAAAUGAAGAGCUAUAGAAAUGUAAUGUGAGUUUAAAGAAGUGUUCCCGGCGCUGAUUCAAUCAAAUGAUCUGUGUGUGUGUGUGUGUGUGUGUGUGUGUGUGUGUGUGUGUGUGCGCGUGUGCGUGCGUGCAUGUUAGCUGUAGAUUGUACUUUUUUUACGUCACAUUAAAGACUUCUCCUUGCCAAAAUAUCGAAUGUGGAGAAAUUAAAAUCAUAGCAGCAUUUUGUUUCUUGUGAGCUCAAAUGUACGUUUUGUAAACCUGCAGAAAUAAUGUUCAGGAACAUAUAAAGGAACGUCCCAUUGGUUGGCAUUAGGCAUUCUCCAACUUGGAAACUAAAAGUUCUUCAUUAUUUUUAAGAGCCAAUUAGAGACCCAACUUUUUAAUGGUAUUUCUUUUGUGUAUAAAUAUUUGUUUCUUUCUAAAUGUAUUUUUCUUUUGGCAUUCUUAUUUGUAUUUACUUAAUUAAUUCGUAUUUUCUUAUUUUAUUCUUGAUGUUAUUCUUAUUUUUAUGUAUCAUUGUAUUCUUAAUUUAAUUCCCAUUUUAUUUUUAUUUUAUUUUUACAUUUUAUUACUUUUUCCUUGUUUUAAUUUUUAUUGAUUUUUCAUUUGAUUUGAUUCUUCUUUUGCUAUUUAAGUAAUAAAUCAUUAGAAAUGAAAUAAAACUGAACAUUAUUUUUACAGGUUUGCCAAAAAUUUGGCCUUUGCUUUGAGUUUUGAAUGUUCCUCACAAACAAACUGUUUUAAUUCAUUGAAUGUGACUGUUGUUUCAGCCAAAGCAAUAAUUUACAUUAAUGUCAGCGCAGUUAUUCAGCGUGUUUGUUUGCACCGUGCGUGCCUCACUACUGUUUGAUUUAAUAACUCAGAGCUGGAAGCAAAUCACAGCUGCUGCAGCAAGCGGGAAGUAAACCUCAAUUAUAAAACAUGUAGGGCAUUUGUGGAAACAGAGGUUUUUGAGGGAAAUGAAUACGAAGUAUAAAUAAUACAAUCAUUAAAUGUUUGUUCUAUAAAGUCCACAGAAAAAGCAAAGGGUGUGCACCAUGUGAUUGAUGGUCUGCAGCACUGGUUUGUUAUCCCAGCUCUGAGUCAUAGUUUUAUUUUUCACUGAUAAUUAAAUCACCUCACGUCUGUUUCUUUACUUGAACAAAUGUAUUGCUCUGAGAAAUGUAUGAUAUAUUUUCCUGCCAUGCUUGCACUGUUGAUUGUGUUAAAUAGUGUCUAAUAACUUUGGUUAGCUUUGGUUAGCUUUGCACUGUAAAGAAUAUAAAAGCAGUUUCCUUUAUUCCGCUGACAGCGCAGUGAUGUGUGCGAUGAUGUAGAUGAGGUUAGACGGAGGUUAGACUGAGGUUAGACUGAGGUUAAACUGAGGUUAGACUGAGGUUAGACUGAGGUUGGACCGAGGUUAGACUGAGGUUAGACUGAGGUUGGACCGAGGUUAGACUGAGGUUAGACUGAGGUUAAACUGAGGUUAGACUGAGGUUAGACUGAGGUUGGACCGAGGUUAGACUGAGGUUAGACUGAGGUUGGACCGAGGUUAGACUGAGGUUAGACGGAGGUUAGACUGAGGUUAGCCUGAGGUUAGCCUGAGCUUAGCCUGAGGUUAGACUGAGGUUAGACGGAGGUUAGACUGAGGUUAGCCUGAGGUUAGACUGAGGUUAGCCUGAGGUUAGACGGAGGUUAGCCUGAGGUUAGCCUGAGGUUAGCCUGAGGUUAGACGGAGGUUAGCCUGAGGUUAACCUGAGGUGACACGGAGGUUAGACUGAGGUUAGCCUGAGGUUAGACUGAGGUUAGCCUGAGGUUAGCCUGAGGUUAGACAGAGGUUAGCCUGAGGUUAGACGGAGGUUAGCCUGAGGUUAACCUGAGGUUACACAGAGGUUAGGCUGAGGUUAGACUGAGGUUAGACUGAGGUUAGCCUGAGGUUAGCCUGAGGUUAGACGGAUGUUAGCCUGAGGUUAGACGGAUGUUAGCCUGAGGUUAGCCUGAGGUUAGACGGAGGUUAAACGGAGGUUAGCCUGAUGUUACACUGAGGUUGGACGGAGGUUAGACUGAGGUUAGCCUGAGGUUAGCCUGAGGUUAGACAGAGGUUAGCCUGAGGUUAAACGGAGGUUAGACAUGGUUAGCCUGAGGUUAAACGGAGGUUAGCCUGAUGUUAGACUGAGGUUGGACGGAGGUUAGACUGAGGUUAGACUGAGGUUAGACUGAGGUUAGACUGAGGUUAGCCUGAGGUUAGACUGAGGCUAGACCCGCUGCUGUAUAUUCUGCUUUAAACCGCCUCUUAAAUCUGCAUGAUGGUACUUUUGUUGUUACGGCGUUCUGUAUUCUUAUUAUUAUAGAGUAUUGAUAUUAUAUAUUGUUAGUGUGCUUCAUUUGUCUGUGCUGUACUUUUUGACAUCACAAUAAAGACUUAAUGUCGGGGAAAAAACGACGGAUCACU